ACAUCCGUAAUCUAAAGAGACUUAAAUUUCGCAAAGUAAUUUAUCGUUGUGUUUUGUUUUUUUCUAAUCACAGUAAUCGUGUAUUUAUUGUAACUACUCUAAGUUCUGGCCACAGAAUACAGAAUGUUUUUCCUGUGUAGUUAGUAGCUUAGACGCCUUGUAAAACGCGUUUCUCAUUGGUACAUUUGUUUUUUGACUUUUGUAUACAAACUGGACAGUCGACUGUGCUUGUACGUUUGUUUUGUAAUGGAAGUAAAGGCGAAAAUAGGAGGCAGAUAUUGCUUCGUAUAUUUCCCCAGGAUGCCUAGAGUAAAUCUCUACCUGAUUAUUUUGUGUGAUUUUAAAGACAGUCUAGCCAGAAGUCUGACAGUCACUCAAUAUUUAUAAUCAAACUCAUUUUCCACUGAUUUCAGUAGCAUGAGACUUAUCCGUAUUGUGCUUUUGUGCUGUAGAGUAGAGACUUAAUAUAAGGAAACUGCAAUUUAACAGCAUGAUUGACCGGGAAGUAGGAACAAAGUUGGGCAUGGUACUUACCUCUUUCAGACUUCAGUACUUAGUCACAUGCACCUUUUUACUAAUGGGUGUGUGAACAUUCCCGUUAACAAAUAAUUGACGACUAAAACAAGCACACUACAGUCCAGUACAUCAGAUGAUAUGCAGUUCUAAAGGCUGGAGCACAUUCAUUCUCAGUCUGCCAGUUAGUUAUUGGAUCAAAUGUUAAGACCAUAACUUAUGGGCGAGGCCAAAGUGACCUUGAGCAUUUUCAUCUACUAACUAGGACUAAAUAAUGGUUAUAAAGCAGUUAGAAUCAUGAUUUACAGUUUAUAGUUAGGGUUAGGAACUAGGUCUAGGGUUUUCAUCGCGAUCUGACAUCAGCUAACAUGCCAAAACGCUAUUUGGCGAAGUGAAUUGAUGGAUUUUUUGCCAAAGUCCAUGACCUGUUAUCCUAAAUUUUGUUGGCUCUUCCGUAAAUUAUAGUUUCACCUCAACCACACAAUGAACCACAAAAGAGUAACACAGCAUGGGUCGGGGAAAACUUCCAGCAAAACAAGGACAACCAUAACCCUUAAGUUCACAAAAACGUUAAUCAUUUGAAUGUAUUUUUUCCUGGCCAGUACAAUGCUCCGAUGACAGGCAUUUAUUUAAACAUAACUAUUGUACCAUUAUAACCCGCUCAUAAGUAUAGGUUACAUUAACUUUUUCUGUUGGUCACGUUAGCGCUGUAGUGUUUUAAAAGAGCUGACACCGCUAAGACCACUUUUGGCCCUUCCAAUGAAAGCAGUUUGAGUCCACUAAAACCAUGGGAUAAGAGAAAUGAGAGUAAACUAGCUGAAAUGUAAACAGCAGAUUACAUCAAUAACUACUCUUGCUCAUGUGUGCAGAUCAGUUGUUAACACAUUACUCGUGUACCAAUGACAAACGACAAAAUUAUAUACAAUGGAUACUCGUUCAUAUUAACACGUCAACCUGGAAAUGUCUCAAUAAAAUGGCGAAUAAGCCUUUGUGGUUUUCCGGAAAUAUCCACCCUUCGUUGUGGACAUCACCGUUACCAAUAGUGGCUAUGGAAACGGUUAAAUGUUUUCUAGUUCCUCGACCGCUCCCUAUCGAUACGAUACUCGACAACGACAGUGACUCAUCUUGGGUUGCGUUGGUUUAUGCGGUCAAAAUCUGUCAAAUACUGUGCUCUAUACGCAUCAAAACAAUCAGUCAGCUACGGUUUAUGGCCGGUAUGGAACAAAAAUAAAACGAAAUUUCCUUUUUUCGAAAUAUCGCUUUCUUACUUAUGUUUCUGGUGUAAGGUCCUGAAAUGCAAUCACCUAUUUCACAUAGCUUGAUGUUAUCAGAUGCAAUGUAAAAUAAAAGCUAGUCGCGAACACUUAUCUGAAAAAGGGCUUUAUUGGCUGUUUCUGGCUCAAAUGUAUUUCCUAUUAAACAUUGUUCCUGUUCAAUUAUUAUUUGUGCGGCACGUUUUUAGUGCCCUAAUGUACCGGAAUUUAUAUGCUUUCAAUAAUUUUACGCAUAUUGCAGUCAUGUAUAAAUGUUUACUUAGGUAUGAGUUUCCAGAAAGUUGGGGGAUUUGAAAUUUUUGGCUGGUCGGUUGCCGGAAACGAAACCUGCGUUGCUGUACGUAAGAAUCGCCAAGUAUUCGGUUUCGAUAUUGGAUUUUCACCUAGACCACUCGUUUUUGCCGAUCAUAUAUUUAUUAGUCAUGGACAUGCUGAUCAUAUUGGAGCUAUUGCUCAGCAUAUGAAAAAGAGGGCCUUGAAUGAUCUAGGAAGAGCGACAUAUUUCAUGCCAAAGCAUCUGGUCCCACAUGUGAAGGCUAUUUGCGAUGCUUUCACUGCUAUGUCUGAAAAAGCUAACUCAGACUUUGUCGGUACCUUUGUUCCUGUUGAACCGGGAAAUAAAUAUGAGUUAUCGGAUGAUUGGCAUGUAGUUGUUUUUUCAACUGAUCACUCGAUUACUAGUGUGGGUUAUUUACUUUAUUCUCGAGAUCCUAGUGGCAAGGAAGUUCCGGAAAUAGCUUAUUUAGGUGAUUCUAGAUUUACUGUUAUUCGCGAAGCGAAUUCACUCUGCCCAGAUCUUUUAUCGUCUCGCCUAUUGAUAAUGGAGGCAACAUUUUUAGAUAAUCCAGAUCGUAAGAUUGGAAGCGCUCGAAGUCAUGGUCAUACGCAUUUGGAUGAAAUUCGUCAGAAUGCUUCUUUGCUAAAGUCUGUUGAUUAUAUCUACCUGAUACACUUCUCAGAUCGAUACACCCAUAAUGAUAUCAUCCGUCUUUGUCACAAAGAUAUGCCUGAUUGGUUAGUCAGUCGUAUUAUACCAUCUGUAACUGCUAAACAUUGUCUUGAAAGUAGAUGA